AUGAAAACAGAAAUUCUAUUUCGAUUUUUCUCUCGCCAACUGACAUUGAUGAAUUGGCUUCAUGUAUUGCCUGUAGGUCCAUUUAGUAUUUCUAGUCAAUUAUUAGCUCUUCUAAAAUCUGAAUUUGCCAAGCCACUCUUAAUUCUGAUCAAUCUUUCUUUCUCUUCUGGUGUAUUUCCAUGCCAAUUAAAAAUUGCCAAGGUUAUUCCUGUAUUUAAAAAAGGAUCCAAACUUGACGGCACAAAUUAUAGACCGAUCUCUUUGCUAUCUAAUAUUGAAAAGGUUAAAAAACUGAUCUACAAACGUGUCACAUCACAACAUGAUAUCUUGUCAUCUCAACAGUUUGAAUUCAGGCGAAAACACUCCACAGCACACAUAUUAUGGAUGCAUUAA